AUGAAUGCAAAAUUUGACCACGGCUCAAUCAAAACGCUGACUAUUGAAAAGAAAACCUACUCCGAAAGACGUUCUAUUUAUGCCUGUUUACAGCCACGAAAUUGUACCAUAAAAUGGGACACUGUCUCAUGUUGGCCAGAAACGCUGCCUAACGUAAUAGCUGUCCUUCGAUGUCCUGAAAAUCUUGCCGGAGUUGAUCAUACACAAAAUGUGACUCGUCACUGCCAUCCUAAUGGAACGUGGGCGGCAAAAGCGAAUUAUGCCAGCUGUUUUCCAGAGGUCCAGCACCAUGUCCACGAAGAUUUCAACGUGAUCAGUAUCAUCUACCAUUUCGGAUUCUGUGUCUCCACAGUGGCUUUAAUUGUGGCGUUGUUGAUUUUUAUCUGGUUUGGGAAUCUUCGCUGUCUUCGAAACAACAUUCACUGCAAUUUGAUCCUUACCUUUAUAAUGCGCAACAUUAUCUGGAUAGCCAUGAGGCACAGCGUCGAAGAAGUGGUCUUAAAACAGAAACAUCUAAUGUGGGUGUGUCAAGGUUUUGUGAUAGCGUUCAGCUAUUUUCAGUCUACUCACUUCUACUGGAUGUUUGCUGAAGGCCUGUAUCUACAUAUCAUCGUUGUCUGGACUUAUUCCGCGGAUAAGAUGCAUCUCUGGCAUUUCUUACUAAUUGGCUGGGGUUUGCCGGUGCCGUUCAUAUUGGUUUGGGCUGUAAUACAAAUGAAGAGAACAAGCAACGAUUGCUGGACCAAAGAAUCUAUUUAUGAUUACAUCCAUCACAUUCCCGUCUUUGUCGUCUUAUUGGCAAAUGUUAUAUUUUUUAUCAGCAUCCUCUGGAUUCUGAUAACGAAACUGCGAAUGACAAAUACACCUGAAGCAACAGAUUACAGAAAAGCUGUGAAAGCAGCCAUUGUUCUCCUGCCACUCCUUGGGAUUACCUAUGUUAUCUUUAUAAUGCAGCCAGACGACAGUACACCGUAUGGAGCGGCUUUCAUAUACAUUGACACAGUUCUGCAAUCGUUCCAGGGACUCCUGGUCGCAUUAUUUUACUGCUUUCUGAACGGUGAGGUUCGACAAACUCUCCGCAUGAAGUUGAAAUGCUGUCAAAACUCAAACAGCCGAACCACGGCCACGCGCUGUUCGAGAAUCUCGUCACUGAGUUUACAAAAACAGGCGAUGACCAUCAACCUAGCUGUGCAGCAGGAGCUACUGUACGACCAAAAACUCAACGGGACAAAGGAGAUGUUUUCCAUGUCAGACGAUUUCAGCGCGGAUAAGCAAUUAACGCCGGAAGAAGAAGAAACACGCAAUUUCAUGGAUACUGGUGUUUAGUUUUUCAACGAGGGAAAACGGGACAGAGAAAGAAAAUAGAAAUGUCUGUCGUGUUGGUUUGUGUCGUUGUUGUUAACGCUGUAAUGGCUAUGAGUUGUGGUUGUGGUUGUGGGAGUGAUUUAAAGAGGAAGAGGGUGAGAAAAAGGAAGAAGAAAAUGGUGAUGGAAAAAAGAAACGAAGUAAAAAGGAAACAAGAUAACGGUGAAGAGAAAAUUUUGAUAUGUGAGAAACAUUUUAAAGACAAAAACGCUAAAGUUUGUUUUUUAGAUUAUAAAAAAGAUCAACAACAGAAAAAAAGAAACAGUAACAAAAAAAAAACCCUAAAAUAACAACGUGGUCCUUAAGAUCUGAGACUAGAUUAAUUCGGAACAAUAAAAUGAGACAAAUUUGAAUAAUAAUAAUAAUAAUAAUAAUAAUAAUAAUGAUAAAAAUGAUGAUGUUGAGGAUGAUGAUGACAUAAUGUUGUUAAGAUGGAUUUAUGAAAAAAGGGAAUACUUGAAACAAUUUAAAAUUAAAAUUUCAUCAACAACAAUAAAAAAAAAAGGGAAAUUAAAUGUAUUAUACACAAAUAACAAGACUUUGAGAGUAAACAAUGAUAAACUGGUUGGUUUAUAUUAAAAUACCCGCAGAAGCUGAAGUGAAAGAAACCAAAACAAAACAAAACGAACAAAAAACAAUACAAACAACGCAGAACAAGCGAAUCCUGUUUAUUUGGCUUAUUGUGAAAUAACGUGACAAUAUAAUUUUGCAUUGGCACACUUUU